UAUAAAUGGGAGGUGCGGGGCUUGUUCCGCGCUUGGUUGUGGGUUGCGCUUUUGUGUUCGGUGGGGCGUCUGGGUUGCUGUGUCGCGCAAUUCCUCGGCAGACUUUCCUUUCGACUGCGCGCUACCCGCUCCUACGGCGAGCGGGCCACUCCCGGCCCUUCCUCCUCGAGGAUCCAGAGGCCUUCUAGAAGCAGAAGGCAGCUCUACUGCUCUACAAAGGAGUGGAGUCCUUUGAGCCAUGAAGCACAUGUUGAACCUCUAUCUCUUAGGUGUGGCGCUGACUCUGCUCUCCAUCUUUGUUAGACUGAUGGAGGCCCUGGGGGGCUUACUGGAGAGCCCAUCUCCUGGGAGCUCCUGGACUACCAGAGGUCAACUAGCCAACACAGAGCCCAAGGGCCUUCCAGACCAUCCAUCCAGAGGGGUGUGAUAAGACCUCCCUCCACCGGCUGUAACCUUGGAACACUGGCCUAGAUACGUCCAGCUGUACCAGUUCCUGGGCAGGCAAGCUCGGCAUCAGUGUUAUCAGAGAACAAACUGUAACUACGCUCUUGAAGGGCCUCUCUGUCUGGAUACUUCUUGCGCUGAAAAAAGCCUGUUUAAUACACAGAUAUGAGUGGGUCGCCUGUGGCAGUGGCAUGGAGUAAUCUCACUCUUCUCUCCAGGCUGCUGUGUGCUUUGCCGUCCUUGGCAGCACGGCCCUGUCUUCUCUUAGACAAGGGCUUGUGCUGCAACUUCAGCUAUUAGGAGAUGGUGUUAUUUUCAACCCUACUUUCUAAGCAUCUGCCAAGAGUUUCUUUGGGCUUGGGUGUCUUAAUGGUCAUUUUAUUUGGUGUUCAGCUUCUCUUCCAUGAACACUCCUCGGUGUGCAGAUAACAGUUGAAGAGAUGUGUGGGUUGGCUGUAGGAAGGGGGAAGGUGGAGUAUUCUGUGUCUCGUUCUCAUUGUUUUACACUUUUCAGUCCUUCCUCCAACAUAGCAUGUAUGUGUGUGUGUAUUGGUCUGAAGAGGGCAGUGGGAUGACAGCACCUGCUUGGGAUGUGGGCAUUUUGGCCACCA